GUGAAUUGGAACCAAAAUGGCGGCUCACUGUCAGUUCUUCAUCAUAGCGGAGGCUGAUCAGACGAGUUUAAUCGAUGGUUUCCAAAACUGAACAAGGUAGUGGAGAAAUUGAAAGAAUGGCGCGGGUGGUGUUUCUCCAUCCGGAUCUUGGUAUUGGAGGUGCAGAGCGACUGGUGGUUGAUGCUGCUGUUGCCCUAAAGUCUCAAGGAUGCAGCGUUCAGAUUUGGACCGCCCAUUAUGAUCCAAAGCACUGCUUCUCGGAGACCCGAGACCCAGAUCUUCCUGUGGUAUGUGCUGGUGACUGGCUACCCACCAGUGUAUUCGGCUACCUGCAUGCUCUAUGUGCGUACCUGCGGAUGAUUUAUGUGGCCUUCUACCUGGUCUUCCUGAGCGGUGUGGAGUAUGAUGUCAUCAUUUGUGAUCAGGUAUCGGUGUGUAUACCGGUGCUGCGGCUGUCCCGACAGAGGAAGAAAGUUCUGUUCUACUGUCACUUUCCGGACCAGCUGCUUACCCACAGGAAGUCAGCCCUGAAGAAGCUCUAUAGAGCUCCCAUUGACUGGUUGGAAGAACGCACCACUGGCAUGGCUGACAUGAUUUUAGUGAACAGCCAGUUCACUGCAGGCGUCUUCAGGGAGACCUUCUGCAGUCUAAACCGUGUCCAGCCCGACGUCCUCUACCCGUCCCUCAACACUAAAACGUUCGAUCAGAUGUCGACAGAAGCACAGGGCCUGCAGGGUCUGCUUCCUGAGGGAGUAUCCCACCUGUUUCUGUCUCUGAACCGAUACGAGAGAAAGAAGAACCUGGGCCUCGCUCUGGAGGCUCUGGCGGUCCUGAGAUGCAGCCUAACGCCCUCUCAGAGAGCGGGUGUUCACCUGGUGGUGGCCGGGGGCUACGAUGACCGAGUCACUGAGAACGUCCAGCACUACAACGAGCUGAAUGAACUGGCUGAGCAGCUCCACUUGGAGGACUGCGUCACCUUUAUGCGCUCUCCCUCUGACUCCGUAAAGGUGGUGCUGCUGCAGACCGCCACCGCAGUGCUGUACACCCCCAGCAGAGAACACUUUGGGAUCGUUCCUGUAGAGGCCAUGUAUUGCAGCUGUCCUGUUAUCGCCGUGAACUCUGGGGGGCCCCUGGAGAGCAUAGCUGAUGAGGAGACGGGCUUCCUGUGCGAGCCCACGGCCGAGGCCUUCUCUAAGGCCAUGGAGAGGCUUAUCAGGGACGCACGGCUCCGCAGGGACAUGGGACUAGCUGGGAGGAGAAGGGUGGAGGAGAGGUUCUCUCUUCAGGCCUUCUCAAACCAGCUCUAUGGGUAUAUUGUCCAGCUGAGCAAGUGACGGGAAGGAGGACGAAAACUGUGAAAAUGUGGAACUGAACAACUGCGGCAUCUCAAAAACAAAACAUCUUACUGUUUUCAAUGUGGAUUCAUCAAGAAAUGGAAGUCAAUAAUUCAUCAAUAUUGAUUAAAAUCACUAGUAAUCGGGAAAAUAUUCUGGCAGAUUAUUAUGGAAAAAUUUCUUGCUCCUCUGGCAGAUUAUUUCUCUUGUUACUAGUACUUUUUUGUCAAUUUUAAGCAGUUAUUGACUUAAAAUAGCUUCAUGUCUGGUACUGAAAAGUUAAUUAUGAGUCAGUUUUGUCUUGUUUCACGUGUACUGAAAUAUUUUUACUAGAAACUAUACCAAAAACAUUAAGAUUUUGUGUGGUAUUUUUUUUGUCAUGUGGAUGUAACUGCGCUUAAGUUUUGUUUUGUUUUUAAUUUCCAGGAGCCUGAAGUGUUUGUUUUUUUUUUCACAUAAAAUUAUGUUGAGCAAUUUCUUUAAACUUACAGUCGUUUUUCUUAGAAUAUUAAUUUAAAGCUUUUCCAUUCAUUCGAGUCCAGUUCUUCAAUGCACUAUAUGUGUCAUUAUCGUUACUGGACAAAAAAUGAGCAUUAAAAUGAGCCAAAGUCCAAAAAUCGACAAUGAAAGACCUCUAGAAAGGACGAAGAACUAUUAGUCAGUACCAGUUUGAAGGAUUACAGGAAUGUCUGCCUCUCUGAAAACACAAUAUAAAGAGUGGCUUAAAACUUUUGCACAGGUCUGUAUGUGAACUGAGCUGGGUGUGUAUUAUUAGUAUUUCAAGGAGAAUUAAUCAGCCUUCCCCAUGAGAGGUUGCUGCGAGGCGCGAAAGCGAUGGAAUCCGUGUACCAAUUAAGAAAUGAGAAAUUAGUUUACCUGUCCUGUUGCUGGAAAAAUACCACCUUCUUUGGUGUCUGUGAGUCUGGAACUAUGGAAAAAGUGCCGCAACGUGGCAACCGAGAGCUUGGGAAAUGAGUCUCCAACGAGGAUUGAUUGUUGUGUGAAAUGUUUUGCACUGUUUGUGUGUAUCCUUCUACACAAAUUUUGUUUUUUGUGCCUUUUUGAAGACAUCGCCACAUGCCACCGGGCAGCGCACAAUCUCAGAUCGAUAGGUGGCUGCUUUUCUCCUGCCUCCUGUCCGUCCACAGCUUUGUUCCUCUUGCUGUAUUCAGUGGCCUGUUCAUGACUCCUGCAGCUGCGUAAAGGGUUAUUAGCAGAUGAUGGAGAGUUGGGCUUUAUUAGAUGGGCAGUGAGCCUGUGUCUGGGUCAUUAUCAAUGAGGAGAACAGCAGAAGGUCAUUGUGUCUCUGCAAUGGCCUCCUCUGGCUUCUUACUGUAUAGAAAUGCUCCUAUCGGCAUUCUUGAAGGCUUAAUAAACAAGAAGACACAUAGUUUCCCCCAUCUCCAGAGUCCCACUCCGGAGAUGGUGCAUUUGCUGGUGCAUUUGUUGGCCUUUGAUAGACUUCUGUAAGGAUUUUGUGGGCGAGUAAGCAGGCGCAGAUACAUUGUUAAUUCUGUAAAUAAAACAUUCCAAGACACACAGACACAAAAAAUGCCAGCAAGAAAGUUUUAUUUUGCUCUUCUUUAAUCACUGAGGGACGAAACACACAGGAUCUUCCGAUGGUUGUUGCAUUAUCAUUUAGAGAGGCUGAGUUGUGUCUGAAUGAGCUUCAUUCUUAUUGAAGGGGAUCUAUUGGAAGAACACAGUGAAAAUAAGAUGUUUUUAGUGUUUUUUUUUUCUUUGCUGAAACAAAUGUAUGUUAUUUUUCUUUGAUUUUUACUCAGUUCUCAAAUAAAACUAAAAAGCAGU